UAGUUUAUAUAAAGUUCCAGCUCUGUCAUGUUUCACUUCCCUAAAACUAUAAUCUCUAACAUAUAAUAAAACCAAGAAAAUUUCAGUGUUUUUUGGCUAUGGAAUCUGAUUCAUCCUCUAUUGAUCUUACUCGUCUUAACGAAGAGUUGCCAGUGAAAAUCGAGGAGAUGUUGAAAUUGAGUAACAAAGAAGAUGACAUAAUAAGUCUCAGGUUAUUAGACCUGACAGAUAUUGAUGAUUUUAUGGAAUGGUUUACGGAUGACAACGUUAAUAAGUUUUGUUCUCGUGACACUACUUUCAUAUCCAAAGAAGACGCGAUGCAAUACAUUGCUGAUGUUGUUAUACCACAUCCAUGGUACAGGGCAAUAUGCUUAAAUGACAAGCCAAUUGGUUCAAUUUCUGUAUCACCAUUUCAUGGAAGUGAUAUAUGCAGGGGAGAAAUUGGAUACGAGAUAUCAUCAAAGUAUUGGGGCAAAGGGAUUGCCACCAAGGCGGUGAAGAUGGUGGCGUCCACCAUCUUCGUAGACUGGCCCCACUUGGCCAGGCUAGAAGGUAUUGUGGCUGUUGAUAAUAUAGGAUCACAAAGGGUGUUGGAAAAGGCUGGUUUUAUUAAGGAAGGUGUUUUGAGGAAGUACUAUCUUGUUAAGGGGAUACCAAUAGAUAUUGUUAUGUUUAGUCUUUUAUUUAUUGAUCAACAACUUACCUACUUUACUUGAGCCGAGAAUUUAUUGGAAACAGUUUAUUUACCUUCACAAGGUAGGAAUCAAGCUGUGUAAUAUCAUCCUCUCCAGAAUCUCUAGUUGGCUAAAGUGGAGUACUCUAGUAUGUAUAACUAUUGUAUAAUUCUCUCUCUAUAUAUGAAUAACAUUGUAUAUCAUUAUAUUAUACAAAUUGUAAUAAGUAUACGCUGUUAUACCAUAAGAUGGACUGAACUCUCUGCUUUUUGAGACUAAAGCCAGAAGAAAGAAAAAAAAAAUGAAAGAAAAGGUGUGCAACACUUUUGGGCUAAAGAUUUAUGAUAUAAGUUUUGGGCUA